AUGGCGGCGGCACCACGAGCGGCGCCUCGCCUACCCGAGGUGCUACGUCCCCCCCUGCCGGAGCAAAGGCCCGGCAUCGCCCCGCGUGCCGUGGGCUCCUCGCUUCGCACCGACAUGUUGCUUGCUGUUUGUUCUUUCUAUUUGAGGAACGUGAUUUGUGACUGUAGCGCUGACGCUUCAAACACUAUACGAGCGAGGUUGUGCCUAGCCUGCAGUGCUGGGCCGAGGGCUCUUCUUAGUGCCCAGCGGGAAGGCUGCGGCGCCAGCCGCGUUCUUCCCUCAGGCACCCGCACUCUCGUGGAGACUGCGCUCAGUGCAGCACAUGUGGAGACCCAGCGUUCAAGCACCACGGAAAGCAGUGCCUAUUCGGCAACAGUCAGUCAGGGCUAUGUUUUACCAGAAGGAAAAAUCAUGCCCAACACAGUCUUUGUUGGUGGAAUUGACAUAAGGAUGAAUGAAGCAGAAAUUCGGAGUGUCUUUGAACAGUAUGGUACUGUGAAGGAGGUGAAGGUCAUCACCGACAGAACUGGUGUUUCGAAGGGGUAUGGAUUUGUGUCUUUCCUGGACAAUGUGGAUGUUCAAAAGAUAGUUGAGUCACAAAUCAACUUCCAUGGUAAAAAGCUGAAACUGGGGCCAGCAAUCAGAAAACAACAAAACUUAAAUUCCUGCGUGCAUCCCAGACAAAUAGUUCUUGGUCCUCCUCCACCACAGUUCCAGAGCGUGUGGGGUAAUCAGAGUGUGGAGACAUACGUGCAGCCUCCAGCUGUCAUGAACCCAGUAACACCCUAUGUUCAGCCUUACCCAUACAGUUCAUCACCAGCUGUACUGCUAAAGCAGCAAGUUCCCAUAGGAUAUCAACCAGCUUACAACUAUCAGGCUCAACCACAGUGGCUUGCUGGGGAGCCAAGAAAUUAUGUAAUACCUCCAACUCCGGUGUAUACUUCAGUGAACUAUCAUGGCUCUGAGGAUCCAGGAUUUACACAGAUGGAAUGUGCUGUUCCAGAGCCCACACAGUUGCCUAGCAGCCCACAAAAGAAGUCUGUGGACAGGGGCAUGCAAACAGUACUAUCCUGUCUGUCUAAUCCUGAGAACCAGCUGACAAAUGACUUUGUAUCACAAGACAGCAAUGUAAAGGAGGGUAAGACAUACCACUUCAGAAAAGGAAAGACAGUACACAAAGCCAUUUGAUCAACAAAGACUUCAAAGUAUCUAAAUUAAUUAACUAGAUGGUACUAUUGUUCAAUUUAGCAAUACAGAAUGUAACAUUUGUCAAAGUUACUUCAAGUUAUGUU